AUGUUGUCAGCCCGUCCUGUUUUACGUACUGCUGCUCGUUCAGCCGCCGUUGCUGCUAGAUCUUUAAGAGUUGCUCGUCCAACCUUAAUGACUGCUCAACGUUUUGCUUCUGCCAAGGCUGCCCCAACUGAAGUUUCUUCUAUCUUAGAAGAAAGAAUCAGAGGUCUCUCUGAAGAAGCUAACUUAAACGAAACCGGUAGAGUUUUAUCUGUUGGUGAUGGUAUUGCCCGUAUUUUCGGUUUAAACAACAUUCAAGCUGAAGAAUUAGUUGAAUUCUCUUCUGGUGCCAAGGGUAUGGCUUUGAACUUGGAAGCUGACCAAGUCGGGGUUGUCUUGUUCGGUUCCGAUAGAUUAGUCAAGGAAGGUGAAACCGUCAAGAGAACUGGUCAAAUUGUUUCCGUUCCAAUUGGUCCAGAAUUAUUAGGUAGAGUUGUCGAUGGUUUAGGUAACCCAAUUGAUGGUAAGGGUCCAAUUAACGCUUCUUCCACUUCAAGAGCUCAAGUUAAGGCUCCUGGUAUUUUACCAAGAAGAUCUGUUUACGAACCAAUGCAAACUGGUUUAAAGUCUGUUGAUGCUUUAGUCCCAAUUGGUAGAGGUCAAAGAGAAUUGAUCAUUGGUGAUCGUCAAACUGGUAAGACCGCUGUUGCUUUAGAUGCUAUCUUAAAUCAAAAGAGAUGGAACAAUGGUGCUGAUGAAUCCAAGAAAUUAUACUGUGUUUACGUUGCCGUUGGUCAAAAGAGAUCUACUGUUGCUCAAUUAGUCCAAACUUUAGAACAACACGAUGCUCUUAAAUACUCUAUUAUUGUUGCUGCUACUGCUUCCGAAGCUGCUCCAUUACAAUAUAUUGCUCCUUUCACUGCUUGUGCUAUUGGUGAAUGGUUCAGAGACAAUGGUAGACAUGCCUUAAUUGUCUAUGAUGAUUUAUCCAAGCAAGCUGUUGCCUACCGUCAAUUAUCCUUAUUAUUAAGACGUCCACCAGGUAGAGAAGCUUACCCAGGUGAUGUUUUCUACUUACAUUCUAGAUUAUUAGAAAGAGCUGCUAAGAUGUCUGAUGCUUUAGGUGGUGGUUCUUUAACUGCUUUACCAGUUAUUGAAACCCAAGGUGGUGAUGUCUCUGCUUAUAUUCCAACCAAUGUUAUUUCCAUUACCGAUGGUCAAAUUUUCUUGGAAGCUGAAUUAUUCUACAAGGGUAUCAGACCAGCUAUUAAUGUUGGUUUGUCCGUCUCUCGUGUCGGUUCCGCUGCUCAAGUCAAGGCCAUGAAACAAGUCGCUGGUUCUUUGAAAUUGUUCUUGGCUCAAUACAGAGAAGUUGCUGCUUUCGCUCAAUUCGGUUCUGAUUUAGAUGCUUCUACUAAGCAAACCUUAGCUAGAGGUGAAAGAUUAACCCAAUUAUUGAAACAAAAGCAAUACAACCCAUUAGCUGCUGAAGAACAAGUUCCAUUGAUUUUCGCUGGUGUUAACGGUUUCUUAGAUAAUGUUGCUAUUGAAAGAAUUGGUGAAUUUGAAGAAUCCUUCUUAACUCACUUAAAAUCUAAUGAAUCUGAAAUCUUAGAAGCUAUUAGAACUAAGGGUGAAUUAUCUAAGGAUCAAUUAGCCAGAUUAAGAACUGUCACUGAAGAAUUCGUUUCUACUUUUUAA